AUGCCUACUACGAUCGAACCGAGUAAUGAACAGGAGACAAGGGCAAAUGGAAUUUGGAGCGAACUUGUUAUUGGUCUCAAACAAAUAUAUGAUCGAGAAUCAAUGGCAGCCUCUCGGUAUAUGUUAUUAUCGAAUUUUUUGAUCUUUCAGAAAGGAGAGGAAUUACAUGGUGAAGAUGUUUUGCAUUAUUAUAUGAGAGAAUGGGAUUCAUAUCGCUUCAGUUCAAAAGUCGUUGGUGGUAUUUUCAGUUAUUUAAAUCGUCAUUGGGUAAAACGUGAAUUGGAUGAAGGGUGUUCAGAUGUCUAUGAGAUAUACGCGCUGGCGCUAGUGACAUGGAGAGAUGUAUUAUUCGCUCAACUGCGUAAAACUGUUACCAAUGAAGUAUUGAAACUUAUCGAACGAGAACGUAAUGGUGAGAAGAUUAAUACUGGAUUGAUUAGUGGUGUUAUUAAUUGCUAUGUUGAACUUGGCAUCCAUCCAACGGAUCGAAUAACGUUACAUGUGUAUAAAUUUGCAUUUGAGAACAAAUUCCUUGAGGAAACUGAAGCGUAUUUCACCAGAGAAUCAUCUGAAUUUCUGCAAAAGCAUCCUUUCACUGAUUAUAUGAAAAAAGUUCAAACGAGGCUAGAAGAGGAACGCAAUCGGUGUGAACUUUAUCUUCAUGAGUCGACACAAUCUCUUCUAGCUUAUACUUUAGAGAAAGUUUUAAUAACUAAACAGCUCGAUCUUUUUCAACAUGAAUUUGGACAACUUCUUGAAACUGAUAAUGAUGAAUAUCUAGCACUGAUGUAUAUUUUGUGUGAACGUGUUGAAAAUGGAUUACAAGAAUUGAAAAGUACGCUUGAAAAACAUGUUGGUCGGCAGGGCGAUGCUGUUAUCGAUAAAGUAGCUGAUAUUGCCAUCAAUGAUCCAAAGCUAUAUGUCGCCAAAAUUUUAGAAGUUCAUAAACGUUAUAGUCAGAUGGCAUCUGCAGCGUUCAAAAGUGAUGCCGGAUUCGUACAAGCUCUUGAUAAAGCAUGUACAACAUUUAUUAAUAAAAAUGCUGUUACGAAGAAAGCAAAUACUGCUUCGAAGAGUCCGGAACUUCUUGCUCGUUAUUGCGAUUUAGUAUUGAAGAAAAAUUUGAAAAGUCCUGAAGAAGAAGAAAUAGAGGAAGCGCUACAAAAUAUUAUGGUAGUUUUCAAAUAUGUAGAAGACAAGGAUGUGUUUCAAAAGUUUUACAUUAAAAUGUUCGCAAAACGGUUGGUUACGGAACAAAGUCAGAGUGCAGAAGCGGAAAGCAAUAUGAUUUCAAAAUUAAAGCAGAUGUGUGGAUUUGAAUAUACAAAUAAAUUGCAACGAAUGUUCACUGAUAUGAAUCUUAGCAAAGAUGUUACCGAGAAAUUUAAAGCACAUUUGCUGAAUUCACAUGUGAAUGUUGGCCUGGAUUUUUCAGUGAUGGUACUAGGAGCAGGUGCUUGGCCAUUGACAGCAUCAUACAUAUUUGAUCUACCUCGGCAAUUUGGUCGAUGCAUUGACCUUUUUUCCGAAUUUUACCAUGAUCAGCAUACGGGUCGCAAAUUAACUUGGCUAUUUUCUUUAAGUCGUGGAGAACUCAUAACUAAUUGUUUCCACAGGAAGUAUACAUUCAUUGCUUCUACAUCACAAAUGGCUAUUUUACUGCUUUAUAAUGAUAGUACUGCAAUAUCAUUCGGCGAUUUAAUUAUUGGAACGAAAAUUAAACAGGAACAACUUUUGCCAGUUUUCAAAAAAUUGAAAAUUGAUUUAUCUAAAGCAAUGUCAAGGAAUGAAAUUCGUCAAGAGACCGUGGAGAUACAAAAAUUUGUAGAUGAUGAUAGAAGAAUGAUCAUACAGGCAGCUAUCGUUCGAAUCAUGAAGAUGAGAAAACGACUUAAACAUAAUCAGCUUCUUUCCGAGGUAAUCGCUCAGCUCACACCUCGUUUCAAACCUCGAGUGCCAAUGAUUAAGAAAUGUAUUGAUAUAUUGAUUGAGAAAGAAUAUAUUCAAAGGAUCGAAGGAGAAUAUGAUCUAUACGAAUAUCUCGCGUGA